GCGAGUGCCAUCCGGAAUCGUUCUCUACAUCGACUAAUCAUGUCUGGACGCGGCAAGGGAGGCAAAGGACUGGGGAAAGGAGGCGCCAAGCGUCACCGCAAAGUCCUCCGCGAUAAUAUCCAGGGAAUCACCAAACCCGCCAUCCGUCGUCUGGCUCGCCGCGGCGGAGUGAAGCGUAUCUCCGGCCUGAUCUACGAGGAGACCCGCGGCGUCCUGAAGGUGUUCCUUGAGAACGUCAUCCGCGAUGCCGUCACUUACACCGAGCACGCUAAGAGGAAGACUGUGACCGCCAUGGAUGUUGUCUACGCCCUCAAGAGGCAGGGACGCACUCUGUACGGUUUUGGAGGUUAAUUAAUUCUGCUCACACCCAGUUUGAAACACCAACGGUCCUUUUAAGGACCACUCACUUGUCUUUGAAGAGUUGUUAUUCCUCGACUUAACUAAUUGCAGUUAAAUUUCAUGAAUAUUAGACUAUUACAUCUUAUUGGUUGUACCCCUAACUACAUGAACAACUACUCACUGACAUAUACGUGUAUUCUACAACUAAAUAUGUACUGAUACUCUUAGAUCAUAUGGCCCAUUAUCACAAAUUAAUCAGACAUCAGGAUCAAGUCAUGUUAACCAAUAUUCACACAAAAUUGGAGAGCAUUUGGACCACUUUGUAUCUGCACGUAAAUUAAAAACAGCUGCUCACAACUGCGAAUCGUUCUUGUUCACUUAAAGAAGACACUCUAAAGACUUGAAUCAUUAUCCAUGCGUUUGUUACGUCUCGUCUCGACUACUGUAACGUAUUAUUUUCGGGUCUCCCCAUGUCUAGCAUUAAAAGAUUACAGUUGGUACAAAAUGCGGCUGCUAGACUUUUGACAAGAACAAGAAAGUUUGAUCACAUUACGCCUGUACUGGCUCACCAGCACUGGCUUCCUGUGCACUUAAGAUGUGACUUUAAGGUUUUACUACUUAUGUAUAAAAUACUACACAGUCUAGCUCCAGCUUAUCUUGCCGAUUGUAUUGUACCAUAUGUCCCGGCAAGAAAUCUGCGUUCAAAAGACUCCGGCUUAUUAGUGAUUCCUAGAGCCCAAAAAAAGUCUGCGGGCUAUAUAGCGUUUUCCGUUCGGGCUCCAAUACUCUGGAAUGCCCUCCCGGUAACAGUUCGAGAUGCUACCUCAGUAGAAGCAUUUAAGUCUCACCUUACAACUCAUCUGUAUACUCUAGCCUUUAAAUAUACCUCCUUUUUAGACCAGUUGAUCUGCCGCUUCUUUUCUUUCUCCUAUGUCCCCCCCUCCCAUGUGGAGGGGGUCCGGUCCGAUGACCAUGGAUGAAGUACUGGCUGUCAAGAGUCGAGACCCAGGAUGGACCGCUCGUCGGGACCCAGGAUGGACCGCUCGCCUGUAUCGGUUGGGGAGAUCUCUACGCUGCUGAUCCGCCUCCGCUUGAGAUGGUUUCCUGUGGACGGGACUCUCGUUGCGGUCUUGGAUCCGCUUGAACUGAACUCUUGCGGCUGUGUUGGAACCACUAUGGAUUGAACUUUCACAGUAUCAUGUUAGACCCGCUUGACAUCCAUUGCUUU